CUCCUGCGCUCACACACCGGAAGCGAGCGAUCUCUGUUUUCAUUGUUUUGUCGUUAUCUCACAGACUUUACUCAUUCUACAUUAUUUUCAUUUAUAAACAUGACUUUGUAGGUGAAAGAUUAUCGUUAUUAUCUCCGAAAAGAGUAUUUGAGUAUUUUUGUGGACAUCUUUAUUGUCCGUCGUGGGUAAAAGACGUCUCUUCAGCGUGAGAUAUCGGUGAGAGUUAUAUUAAUUAAGAUUAAAUCGACUUGAAUUGAAUUACUGAGUGUAGAAAUGAGUUUAGCGAACUUUAGAGAGCAGCGCAGCACCGCGGGAAACCGCAUGUCUAAACUACUGGACGCCGAAGAAGAUGAGUUCUACAAAACAACAUAUGGAGGAUUCAAUGAUGAGUCUGGUGAUGAUGAGUACAGAGGCGAUCACUCAGACACUGAAGAUGAGGUGGACAGUGAUUUUGACAUUGAUGAAGGAGACGAACCCGACAGCGACCAGGAAGACGACGCUCCACGCAGAAAGAGCCGCGUCAUCACGAAAGCUUACAAGGAGCCUCUGAAGGUCUCUAAGCCCAAAGUGAAGCGAGUGUCUGAAGAACUGAAAACUGAACGACCCAAAACUGAGAGACGCAUCAUUCAAGAACUGCAGGAGUUUGGAGAGAUCCGUAAGUCAGUUCGUAGGUCCACGAGUGAACACACACGCAAGACGAACGAGCGUCUGCAGGAGCGACAGCUGGAGGCGCCGCGGAAGAGGAAAGGCGCCCUGAGCAACCGCGUGCUGACGCAAGACGAGCUGCUCGCCGAAGCCAAACUCACUGCAGAGAUCAACAUGCAGUCACUGGAGAACUACGAGCGUUUAGAAGCAGAUAAGAAGAAGCACGUACAUAAGAAGAGAAGGUUUGAAGGUCCAACGAUUCGUUAUCACUCCGUUCUGAUGCCUCUUGUGCCAGACGCACACAUGAAAGAAGAGAACGUGGAUGUGGAGGGGCUGGAUCAGGACACGCCCCAACCCACGCCCACUUCCUCUUCCUCUGUACAGGGGGCGGGGUCUCUGUGCUCUCGCACUUACAUCACAUUCAGCGAUGAUGAUGCGUUUAACUCCGCCUUCCCUCCGUCAGCACGCUCCAGCCCACCCCGCCCUGUUCAGGAAGUGUGUCCUGUUACCCACAAACCUGCGUUGUACCGCGACCCGGUCACAGACAUCCCGUACGCAAACGCUCGAUCAUUCCGCAUCAUCCGUGAGGCGUACCAGAAAUACAUUGCAGCGCACGGUUUUCCCAACACUUCCAGAAACAUCAGCGCAAACAAAGACGGUGAUUCGCCCGCCAAGAGCGCCCGGCUGAAAGCCGUCAUCAAACAGGGCGUGGUCGCCACAUAGACGCAAUCAAACUUUGCAACAAAAUGUCCUUUAUAAUGUGCAGGUGACAUUGAGAGUGUGUGUGAGUGAUUUUUGAUGUGUUUGAAUCAACGCCGCUCAGGUUUGAAGCGUAUUUGUGUAAGUGUGGACGUUUUUUGAAUGUGUCGAAAAAACUCGGCAACAAAUAAAGCAGGAACACAUGCAAAAAUACAUUAAUUUGAAUCAGUGUUUUUGUCUUGUUUACCAGUAUCUAAACAUCCUUGAAACAAGAUACAUGUAUUUGAGAAGCACAAAGCUAUUUGCUAACUUCUCAAGUACAUUGAGCUUGUUUUAAAGAUACUGAUUAAGAAAAUGUUUGUUUGCAGUGAAUGACUCUGUAAUGUCAGUAUGAUACAGGCAGCUGUAAUCUCAUGCCUUUAAUUCUGAUUCAAAGCUUCAUGAAUCAAAUGAGUCUGAACUGGUCAGAAACGCCCGUCUGUACAUGAUGGAGCACAGAACUGUGUAAUUAAUGUAUUAUUAUGAUCUGCAGACUGUAAGACUCUUCACCAGCACUGGCUCAGCUUUCUGAUUUCUGACAGAUUUUUUUACUGUGGUUUACAGGAGGUUUUCAGUCCAAAAUGGCAAUAAAACAAAAGCAAAAUCAAAA